AUGGGAAGCCCUAUAAUUCAAUCACGCAGGCCAGAGUUUGUUCAUAAAGCCUGUCCAAAAUGUCACAGUGAACUAGAAUUUCCUUCUGCGACGCUUCCUUCUUCAAAAAUCUUUGUUCAGUGUUACUCAUGUCAGAAAAUUUGCGAAUUUGAAGUUAAAGGUGGGGGAAUUCCGUCGUCCAUACCAAUGUCGAACAACAACAAACGGAGAUUUGGCUCAGAUCGGGAACCUCUAGAAACAGAAUAUUAUGAUUUGUUGGAAGUUUCAGUGACAGCAGAUAUUAGCGAAAUUAAGAGACAAUAUUACAAGCUUGCCUUAAAAUACCAUCCUGAUAAGAACAAUUCUCCGGAUGCCGAACAGCGGGCGCUUUUAUGGGAAGAGAUUCACGCGUCCCUGUUCAGAGAGUUGAAUAGAAUUUUUCUUCAGUUUAAAAAAAUCUCAGAAGCUUACCAAGUGCUUUCAGACCCCGAAUUAAGGAGGAAAUAUAACGAAUAUGGAGCAAAAAGUAACGAGAUACAACCUGAAGGCGGUUUUGUCAAUCCCGAAGAAUUCUUUAAGCAGCAAUUCGGAGGUGAUCGAUUUGUGGAUAUAAUCGGUGAAAUAUCUAUUGGGCGAGAUAUGAAGGAGGUUUUACAAAAUGCUUCUAUGGAUGAAACAAGUAAUGCCAACUCGACUGACGUAGAUGGCCGUCGUCGUGAGAACAAUAAAAAUAUGCAAGACGAAGAGCGUGAGAAGAUUAGACAAGAGCGUGUUGACAAGCUAGUAAGCAAACUUAUAGAAAGACUAGAUUACUACGUAAAGCCAAACAAUCCUCAGAACGCAGCUCACGAGUUUAGACGUCGGAUGGAGAAGGAAGCCGAUGAAUUGAAGACGGAAUCAUACGGCGUUGAAUUGCUACAUGCUAUUGGAUUCACAUACUCUCUGAAAGCCAAACAACACCUCGGCGGCGAUCAUAUAUUUGGUCUACCAAGAUUUGGACAUAUAAUAAGAGAAAAAGGCCACGUGUUCUCCGAAACCAUCUCAACGUUGAAAUCAGCAAUUGAUCUUCAGCAGUCUUUCACGCAGUUGCAAGAGGCUGAGAAGAAGGGCGUGAAUGAUGCCGAAAAGUCAAGAUUAGAGGAAGCAGCCGCCAAUAAAGGAUUGGAAACUUUAUGGAAAGGUUCGAAACUUGAAGUUGAGAGUGUACUCAGGGAAGUAUGUGACCGUGUAUUGUCCGAUCCUACUGUCCCAAAAAGUAUACAACGUAAACGAGCAGAGGCAUUGAAGAUUGUAGGAUCUGUUUAUGAACAUGUGCGCGCUGAAGAUAACUAA